AGUAACAAUACGUGGAGAGAAUCUUGGGGUUGAUGCUAGGGAUCUUAUAGGUCUGAAGAUAUGUGGUGUAGAUUGCCACCUAGCUGCAGAAUGGAAAUCAUCCAGCAAGAUUAUCGCACGCACAGGACUUGGGAAGGGGAAAGGUGAUGUCAUAGUAAUGACCAGAUCUGGAGGAGUCGGGAGCUGCACUGUCGGCUUUAGAGGUUUCUUUGUACAGACUGGUCCCCUCCAAGAGUCUGCUGUCUGGGUGGAUGAGACGGCAAGAUAUGCCAUGGUGGAUGGUCGACAUAGACCACAGUCAC